AUCUGAGUGUAUUGAUGUCAUGAUGUGUACAGAAACAAAGGUCUAUCUCUUUUUUUGUGAGACUUUCUGGUUCUUGCUCUAGGUAGUUUAGACUGGUAUAUUUUGGUUAGAAGUAUAUAUUUAACUAGUCCAUUGGGGAUAGGUUAUGGUUCUUCUGAUCUUGUUGAUGUCGUGGAUAUUUAGUCAUAGGGUAAAAUAAAGAGAAAACUUAUUUCGGUGAUUUUCUUUCCUUGGGAGAGGUAUUUUUGCGACGAGAAGUUAAAAAGUUUAGGGAAUUUCUCAUUUUCUUAUAUAAUUUUUCAUUAUUAUAUUUGAAAGAGUUUAGUAUUAAAUCUCGUUGGUAGAAGAACCAGAAGCGAGAUCUGACUAGCUGCAUCGAAGAAGAAGAUGCGGCGUGAGUUUGCGACAACGCUCUUACUCUCGACUCUCGUUUCCUUUCUGGUGCCGGAGCUAAUUUCGGUCGGCGAAGCCGUGUGGCUCAACAUACCCAAGACCGGAACAAAGUGCGUGUCGGAGGAAAUCCAGAGCAAGGUCGUCGUUUUGGCCGAUUACCUCGUCAUCUCCGACGAACAUUCCAUCUUCCCUACUGUUUCCGUCAAGGUUACAUCACCAUAUGGCAGCGUUUUGCACCACAGUGAAAACGCUACGCAUGGUCAGUUUGCGUUUACAACCCAAGAAUCAGGAACCUACUUGGCCUGUUUUGAGGCUGUAGGGAAUAGUCACGGCAACAACGAUAUCAGCAUCAACCUUGACUGGAAAACUGGAAUCGCGGCCAAGGAUUGGGACUCCAUUGCCAGAAAAGAGAAGAUCGAGGGUGUGGAGCUGGAGCUUAGGAAACUCGAAGCUGCAGUUGAAGCCAUACAUGAAAACCUACUUUACCUCAGAAACAGAGAAGCAGACAUGAGGAUUGUGAGUGAAAAAACAAACUCGCGAGUCGCAUGGUACAGUAUAAUGUCUCUAGGCAUCUGCAUUGUAGUCACUGGUUUACAGAUUUUGUACUUGAAGCAAUACUUUGAAAGGAAGAAGCUUAUUUAAAUGAGAGUUGUGAUCCGUGGGUACUAGAGAGGCCACUUUCAUUUGCUUUCUUUUCUUGUUACACUCUGUUUCGAACCUAGUGUACAAUUUUGUUCACCUAUUUAACUUGUACUUUGUCUCGGGUUAUAUUUAUAUGAAAAAAAUGCCAAAACGAAACA